UCCCAUAAUUCUCUGUAGUUUUAUCCGUCGCAUCGUAGUUCAGUUGAGGGAAGACCAUGGCGGAGGUGUUUAAAAUAGGCGACUUAGUGUGGGCGAAAAUGAAAGGGUUUUCUCCUUGGCCAGGCCGGGUGUCAAACCCAACCAAAGAUUUGAAAAGACCUGCUGCCAAGAAACAAGCCUUGCAUUGCAUAUUCUUCUUUGGCACAAAUAAUUAUGCCUGGAUUGAAGAAAGUCAGAUAAAGCCAUAUUUUGAAUUUAAAGAUCAACUUAUCAAAUCAAAUAAAUCAGGAGCAUUCAAGGAUGCACUUCAUGCAAUUGAAGAUUUUAUAAAAAGUAAUGGGGAUAAAUUUAAUGACAUGAUUGAUCCUAUGGACCCUGAUGCAGAAUUCAACAGAUUACGUGAAUCUGUUACAGAAAAGAAAGAAACAAAACCAAGAAUCAAAAAGGAAAAUGGCAGUAAAAUAAUGAAGCGCACGUCAUCCGAGGGCAGUGGCGUUUCAGUGCCUUCUGCAAAGAAGAUGCGCAGUAACUCCUUGGAUGAAACAGAGCAGCACAGGUUGCUGAAUGAUGUGUCCCCCAUACUUACCAAUGACACUGGAAUUGGAACUCCAAGGAAAGGAGCUGCUUGUAAUCUGUUAGACAGGCCUGCCAACAUCAGCAGACCGAUCACGCCACCCUUAGAUGUAGAAAGUGUAUCACAGACGUUGAAGCAGAAGAAUAUACUUCCUUCACCACUCAAGUUUGGGUUUCUUGGCCUUGGAAUAAUGGGUUCAGGAAUCGUCAAGAACCUUCUCAACUCUGGCCACUCGGUCAUUGUGUGGAACAGGUCACCUGACAAGUGUCGAGAUUUUGUGAAGGCAGGAGCUGAGCAGGGGCAGACGCCUUCCGAUGUUAUCCUCGCAGCUGACAUUACAUUCUCCUGUGUUGCUGACCCUCAAGCUGCCAAAGACAUGGUUUUUGGCAACUGCGGCGUUCUGCUGGAAACGUCAUCCGCCAAGGGUUAUGUGGAAAUGACUGGAAUUGAUGCAGAAACCUCGCAAGACAUUGCCGAGGCCAUCAAUGCAAAAGGUGGGCGUUACCUUGAAGCGCAAGUCCAAGGUAGUAAAACGCAGGCAGAAGAAGGAACGCUGGUGAUCCUCGCAGCAGGCGAUCGGUCACUCUUUGAUGAUUGCCAGUCAUGUUUCAAGGCAAUGGGCAAGAACUCUUUUUACCUUGGAGAAGUUGGAAACGCGUCCAAAAUGAAUCUCGUACUGCAGCUGAUGGCAGGAGUGACUCUCGCGGGGCUGGCCGAGGGCAUGGCGCUGGCGGAUAGGGCGGGUCUUCAGCAGAAGGAUGUCCUUGAGGUUCUAGAACUGACAUCAUUAGCAUGUCCCACUAUCCUCGAGAAGGGGAAGGCGAUCAUUGAGGGUGGUUUUCCGACACAUCUCCCCCUGCAGCAUAUGCAAAAGGACCUGAAAUUAUCUCUGUACAUGGGUGACCAGUUGGAGCAGCCUUUACCUCUGACAGCGUCGACUAAUGAACUGUUCAAACAUGCAAAGAGACUUGGUUACGGAGAACACGAUGCCUCAGCAGUCUACAUCCGUGCACGCUUCUGAACAUCGCCCGUAGUAUUUUACACGUGACUUACAAACCUUUUGAAUAUGUGGCAUACAUCAUUGUUUGGAAUUCUAACCAGGCUAUUCCAUUUAUUAGUGUCUCGUUUACAGAUAAUUGCAUUCAGAUUGUAAUGUUCUUGCAGAAAAUGUUUGUGUUUGCAAAUGGACUCUGAAAUUAUGCAAGUUUUAACUGCAAUAGUUCGCCAUCUUUGGGAUGUAUUUCCAUAACACUGGUUUGCUUAUUAAUUUAUUUCCAGAAGACUUUAACUGGAAAGUGGUUACAAUUGUAAAAAAGGAAGAAUCUAAUUGGCCUUAUGAAAGAAAUGCAUGAGUACUUUUUCAUAGUUCAAUAUAUUUUGGGAUAACUGGAGGGAAUUUUAAACAUUGAUGCUACAUCAUUUGUGCUCUCAAGAAUAUGUACAAUGUACAACAUGAACAUGCAAGAAUAUGCAUUUACUGCAUAUUUUUAAUAUGUAUAGAGUGAACAUAGAAUUGGGUUUCUCUUUUACAUAUGUCAUUAAGAUUGACAAAUCUUAUAUCGGAAAGCUGUAAUUUUUUCAAUUUUUGUACAAUAAUUUGUUAUUGCGUGAAAACAAAUCUCUGAACAAUUUUACGGUCAUAAUAGCAGAAAGCUAUGUUCACGACAGUCGUUUAUAGCCGAUGAAACAUAUUAUUUUAUUUUGUGUGUCAAAAUUUUUGCACUGCUUUGUAUGUGUGAUAUAAAAGAGAUACUUAAUUCUAAACACACUUUAGGAAGGUUUCAAAUAGCACUCCAGGGAGGAGGCGGUGGUUUACCCACUUGGGGACCGUAGUAAUUUGCGUCCUCCUGCUCUGUAUAUUUAAUUUUGAUUCAGUACACAAUUUUACAUCGUCUGGGUAAUGGUGCAACAUCCCAGAAGACGGCCAUCUGCAUACUCGUUGCCGUGAGAACCUGAAAUUUCGCUGUGUCUUAGAUUGUGUAGCGAUAUAAUCAUGUGUCUGUGUUUAAUCUUUUUAUUUAAUUUACAUUACGUUUUAACACUUUUAAAGUUUUAGGUAACCAGAUGUUUACAGGUUGGUUUCAAAGUAUGUGAAUGAGACGUUUGAACGGGACUAUUGUGGCACAUUAACAUGUGGUUUAUAGCGUUGGGACCUUCAUAUUCAGGUGUACGUAUUGUAAAAGUUAGCACCUGUCCACGCUACUUUACUGGAUUUAUGAAUUAUGUAAUAUAGAAACUUGAAACUCAGCAAACUGGAAAAUAUGUCACUAACUGUCAGAUUUAAGCUAGAUGGACAGGAGAAUCAGCAUAAGAAUGCAUCAAAAUAUAUUUUGUACGGUGCUCUAUAUGUGAACAGUUCUUAAAUGUAACUUUUAUUUCCAAAAUUUGAGAGUAAUAUCAGAUUUUGUACAUUUGGAUGAAAAUGCCAGAAUCCUUAUUCUUCUGUAAAAGAAAGCUCCUUCUUCCUCCCCACCCCUUCCCAAGGUUUGAAUACCGUGUAAGGCUUCUGUCUGCGGCUGUGGUCACGUGCACUGCCAACAGCCAUUCAACACAUCUGCGGACUGUCAGUGAAGUUUUUAAGGGUACUCUUAGUUGUAACGUAACUUGGUACUAAUCUUUUGACUGGCUUUUUUGUGUCCAUCGAUGGGUGUUAGUUAUCAGAUGUGCCACAAAUAUUGGCAUGAAUCUGGAAGCUUGGCAUACAGCGAGUGUUUUUGGGGGUGGGGGUGGGGAAGGGAACAGGAGUGUUAACAGUCCUGCAGGCAUCAGCCCUUGUUACCGACUGUAAACGAUAAUGUGCGUAGUCUGAUGUGUUCGGAUUAGACGGCAUUUGCCUCGGUGAGAUGGCAUACAGCGAAGGUCAAGCUUGCAGAUUUGCGCUGACUGCCGUAGGUUUAAGUACUACAAAGUAUAAUAUGUUAAUUGAUUUAUUUAAAUUAAAAGUUUCUUUUAAAAAAAUUUAACUAACAAAACCACUAAACCCUCGUAAGUUACUUCCAGCAUUAUAUCUCCCUCAGUAGGUUCUUUUAGUCUCGUUUCAUGGAUUUAACCAGUCCAGUAUUUUGCCUGUGCAAAAUUCAUUUGCGUAAACAGAGUAAUUCCAAGGCUCACACUCCAUUCAUACCACUGUAUCAUUUUCUCAUGAACUUCUUUCAUUUGUAUUUAACUGAAGAAAGAAUCUUAUCUGUCCGAUUCUCCUCUGCCUCUUGGUUUUCUUGGCCACGAAGUCUAACUUACUUAGCAGCCGCGACGACAGUAGAUACAUAACACAACUCUUCACCAAAGCUGCAUUUACAAACACACUGUUGUCUGACACAUUUCAUUGUGUGCGCCCUGCUUUACGUUUAUGAUGUGCCGAGCAAUGGUGGAGCCUUUCGUUGCUGUUUUGGACUGGAUUUAAUAUGAAGCUUCUGAAGUAUCAUCAUUGUCAUUGUAUGCUUUGUUUUUUCUGCACUGCUCUUAUGUGUAACGUGGUGUAAAUUGUCGUUCUUGUACUUUUAUUGCAGCAAAAAAAUGUGUUAUAAUUACGUAGAGUGGCAACUGCUGCGGUUCCCACCAAAGUUGGUAGUUUUGCUGCCGUGGAUAUAUUUGUGAAACCAGCCUAAAAGAAGUUUUUCCCCCCCAUCGUCUUUUCUACAAGGAUCUGCCACUACGCAGAAUCUCUUAAACUUUGAAUGGUUGAAUUGUAGCAUCAACGUCAGAUCGUAAUUAUGCUGAAUUUUCACAUGAUAGACAAGUCGAGCAUUUAGAACUCUUUAUUGUUCCAUAUAAGUAAUAUUUUUAAUUGAAGUUGCUUAUUUUACUUAGUUUCAGCUUCAUUGUAGCAUUAUAUAUUGUUCCAUGUGGCGUCUUGCUUACUUGGAAAUACGUGUUCGUCAUUUGCAAAAACAUAAAUGGGUUUAUAGAGUAUAAAUAUAUAAUGAGUACAUAAGAACUGUCUAAUACGUUAGUUAUUAGCAGUUCUUUUGCGUUAUUUUCUGCUAGAUAAAGUGUUAUUUUAAGACUAAAAGUAUGUCCCAAUUGAAGUGGCAGUUCGUGCUCUGUAACGGAUGUUAAUUAAGAUGUGUACAUUGCAGGAGGAAUUUCAGAUUACUGGUCCCUACAUCGCCGACUCUAAAUAAAGCUACAUUUAAGUUAUUGCAUGCCAUAUUUACAGUAACUGUGUUGCAUUUCUGUGUAUGUAAUAAUAAAAUUAGCGUAAAUAUGGAGUAAACAGAAAAUACCAAAUUU